AUGCCUGAACUUAGUGAGGCGACCCAGACCUUGUGGCUCCAGUUCGCUUUCCGGCCCUCUCCAACGCACCUUGUCGCCUCGCAGCUGCACACCCUCGCAAUGGCAGACUCCGCCUCGGACGUGGAACAAGGCUCCGAGCUCCUUGUUGGGGAAACCAGGCGCCCCUCUGGGCGCGUCGUGGCCGGCCUGGGCUUUCUGGGCUUCGCCUUGCUGGCUCUGGGCUUCCUCGCCGGCCGCAUGACGAAGCCAGAGCAGCCAGCGAGCCUCGGCGGCGUGAUCCAGCGCUUCGCAGGGAUCGACAAGGUCGUGGACAGCAUCUUCGCAGAGUUCGACAAAAACGGUGACAAGACCCUGGACAUGGAUGAAACGAAGGGCCUCCUCAAGGAGGUUGUCGCGCAGCAAGGAGGUGAAGAAAGAAGCGAGAAGGAGAUUCAUGAAGCCGCCAAGGAGCUUGACAAGGAUACCUCGGGAGGGGUUCACAAGGCCGAGUUGAAGCAGCUCAUCCAGCACAUGUUUAAGGGGUUUCACUCAUGA